AUGGCUGUAGAAUUAACACCGGUAUCUUUAAAAGCUGAACACAUGGGUGCACCUCCGGCGAAUUCUGUAAAGUAUAAUCCAAACUAUCGCAUCGAUCACUUCAACAAUUACAGAAACGAGGUACUAUCCCGGAUACCUCCUUCUCACUACGAAUGGGGUGGAAUGUCCAGUAUUUACACUCCCUCGCCUGAUUUUUCGACUUAUAAAAAUACGUUAAUACAUAACAAUUUUCCCAGAUCGGAGGUUAGCGGCAUUGAUAGAGAACGGUCCCAACAGGUGGAUGAUUACUAUCUCAUGUGCCAAUUACACAGAGAUCAGUAUAAAGAUACCUCAGGUAGAUUACAUCCUCUGAAUUACUUCAAAAAGCCAGAAUACUUGUAUCAGUGUCCAAUAGAUCCAACAAGUCACUAUAUUAAAUAUCCAGAUUAUCAUGUGAAGUAUUCGCAACCUAUUGUCCUUCCAUUGACGUUAGAAAGAACACUGAAAACUCCUUUACUCCCAGAUCGAGCUCUAACUGGUAUUUAUAAUGCCAGUAGUGACAUAGCUUAUAAACGUUAA